AUGCGACCCCAAUCCACACUAUUGCAGUACUGUUUGACUGCAACGAUCGCCGUCUUCCUCCUUGCAUUUGACGGUGUAUCUCUCGCCAAUGCUGCGGAAAGUCGCAGCCAUGGCCCCGAAGUGGCGAGCCAGCCCAGCCUAGGCGAACAAGCCAUCGACGACGGAACUGGCUUCCCGGUCGCAUUGGGUUCUUUCAGCGGACUUGAGGUCCGUGAUAAUGCCGCGGAGGAUGGCGAGUUGGACUUGUUUAGACGCAAAUAUCCGACCAAUGCCAAAGCUCUCGGCAACAAUGAACUCCAAAAUGUCGAGAUAUCGGUUGGAGAGGUUCAGUACUAUUACAUUACCAAGGAGGUGGUCAAUUUGCAAUCAUCAUACAAGGGAAAAGGACUGCCCGCUUUUAUCAAUUCUCGGGGCUACGAGGAAUCUUCUAUCCCGGCGCAUCAAGAGCUUCGGAAACGUGACACAAAUCCUAUUUUCCUGUCUCUCACGACAUGCGGCAAACCCGAUUCAAAUGGGACAAGCGACCCUGGAUCAUUCCCCCAGCUGCAGCUCUGGUAUUCACUUUCAGACAUCGGGGGUUAUCUCAACACAACUCUAUACACAGAAAGCGACAUCUACCUCGCGGUAUCAGCAUCUAACUCAUCGCAAUGGUCUGGAAAGUACUCCUAUCAGCUUGCAGCCUCGGUUGAUGAAUUAUUUCAUUCUGUUCAAGUGGACAAUAAUCUACUCUUCGUCGAUGCCGACCAGUCUACCGCACUUCUGGUAACGAACAAUCUAACGGAGUCCAACAAAAGCAGUACGAAUUAUCAACAGUGGAUGAACAUCAAGCCGCCAUUCAUUCUGUUCGCUCACAAAACUGACAAUACUGCACUUGUCGGAUUGGAAAGAUCAUACUGUGCAUUGAACGAUCUGUCGCAAGUCGGCCGCAUCAGCAACUCGACCGAGGUUGGCAUGACAAGCCGAGGCCUUGGAAACUUUCCCAAGGAACAGUUCUAUCUCGACGGCCUGUCUUCUAACUCUAUCUAUAACGGAAUCCUAGCAAUGGAUGGCAAUGGUACCAAAUCGGGCACAGGCGUCGUCGGCGGUGGAGGUCAAGUUUACGCCGCUAUGAAUUUCACGACCAAGAUAGAUGACAACUGUGCGGUCUUAUUCAACCUCAGCUUCUGUGACGAAGUCGCAUACGCCGUCCCGUCCCGUCCAAGCAUGAACGUCAGUGCCUUGAGAGACAUCUACGAUGAUUACGCCUACAAAUACUGGGGAAAUUUCCAAAAGUCUCUCCAGCAGAUUCAAUGCAACACCUCCCAAGAAUCAAUGUUCUCCAUGGCCACGGAUUGCGAUAAAUGUGCCAAGUCAUAUAAACAAUGGCUUUGCAGCGUCACCAUCCCACGGUGCGAGGAUUUCAGCAAUGACGCUUCCUACCUCAAGGUUCGCAAUGCCGGACAGGCCUUCAUCAAUGGUACUUCAUUACCAGCCGAUAGCCCUUAUCGGAAGUCGGUGUCAACGAAUAAUUCGCGCAACGCAUUGAUCGACGAGAAGAUCAAGCCGGGGCCUUACAAAGAGGUUCUACCGUGCCAGGACAUCUGCCAUGAUCUCGUGCGGAAUUGUCCCGCGGCUCUUGGGUUCGCGUGUCCGGAGGGGAAAUAUAUGAAUGAGUCCUAUGGUUAUCGCGAUUCAAGAGGUCUGGUUACUUGCAGUUACCUGGGCGCUGCGUACUACCUGAGUGUAGCCUCAAGGGCUGGAGUUUGGGGUAGCGUCUAUCUGCUUUCCGCAAUGUGGGGAAUCUGGUGGGCCCUCUGA